AUGCCCUUGAACAGCCAGCAAUGGCGCCUUGAGCGAGAUUGCGUCAGGCCUGAAGAUCUCGACCGGGAGAUUCGACUGGAGCUGUUCGAGUCCGACUCGGAGGUCGUAAAGUUUCGAAACUGGCUCCAAGGAGGGGUGUCUCAAGCCCUUCAUCAGCACUGGAAACUUCCCAAGAAUCUUCAAGGUGAGCCGCUUGCUGAACUUAGGCGGUGUUAGGCGUGCGAGCAGGGUGCUGAUUCUGCUGCUGCUUCCCAUCGGCUACUUUAGAACUUGCGGAAUUGGCAUCGCCAUUUGGGCGCAACUCAAAUAGUGCACACAUCCACCACCGUGUGGUGACCACAAAAGAGUGAGUGCGCGUUUUCCUCACCUACUAAGUUCCCGCAGAAGGGGCCAAACUGACACUGGUUUCACAAUGGCAUCCUCUGCAGCUGCUGGAAUCACGUCUUUGGCCGCGACAUCCCGUUCCCUGCCAGCAUCAAGGCCUCUAUCCCUCCUUGGCUGGGGACGGAUAGUGAGGAUUCGGCAAGGGAAAGGGAAUAUUUACAAUUUUGGAAGGAGCUGUUGCAGCUCCGCUUUCAAGGAAAACCGACGGAGCUGGCCGCGCCGACGCCCUUCCCGGUUUCCUUCGCAGACGACCCGAAUCGACAAAAAUACGCACACACAGUUCUGCAAGCAGUGGAUGUGUGUGGGAUUAUGUGCAACGUACAGAUCCAUGUGUACGAGGACAAGAGAAAAGAGCAAUGGAUUGGACGCUAUCAAUUGACCCCGGUGGCAGCCCGUAUCCAUGGUCGACUUGCCAGUGCACCUCAGCCUGCUGCCAGCGGAUCGGUGAGUGCAGCGGUGGGCCCCCAUCAGCAUGGUCUCUUACUCUUGAACCAUGUGUUUUUUUUAGAUAUAUAUAUAUAUACUGAGACCCCCUCGGCACCACGAUACCAGGGCACGCCUCAAAAUUCAUCGGCCAUUCAUUCGCCUGUGAAGAGGGUCUGCGUACGAGGCCGAGUUCGAAUUGGACUUUGCUGACCUAACUAAUAAGGGUAAGUGGAGACACCGAUGCGCCUAACACUAGGUCAUAAGUCAACCUGACAUGACCUUUCUUCACCCCCGGCGGCGCCUCCCCCUUUUGCAGCCAAAAAGAUCAAGUCGGACAGCGACAAUAGCAGCGCCGACUCGGACGAAGACGAAAUCGGCCUCGCGGGCUUCGGACACUUGGGCGCCUGA